AUGUGUUUGUGUCUGUGUUCAGAUUUACCCGAGAUCAGCGUGAGCCACAGCAGCGUCUUGGCCACGGAGGGCGAUAACCUGACCAUCAGCUGCAAUGGGUCAGGGUCUCCACUGCCAGAGGUGGACUGGACCGUGGGGGGUCUGCACUCCAUCAACACUCACCUGUCCAACGUGUACUGGCCGAACAUUCACUCCAUCAACCUGAACCUUUUCAACAUCAGCCGCGACGACAACAACUUCCAGCUCACUUGCAUCGCAGAGAACGAGGUGGGAAUGACCAACUCCUCCAUCCAAGUCAACGUCCAGUUUCCUCCAGUCAUCCUCAGAUUGGCCGAGCCGGAGCAGCGGCACGACACCUGUAUCGAGUUCACCGUGAGGGGAUACCCACAGCCCAAACUGCGCUGGUUCUACAAGAAGAAGGAGAUCAUGCAGAACAAAUACAUCCGCACAGAGAUGGACUUCUACCAAGAUUAUGUGGAGGGCUGCCUGACCUUUCAGAACCCCACACACAUCAACAACGGCAACUACACUCUGGAGGCCAGUAACGCCCUGGGCACAGUCACCAAGACCGUAUACGGGCAUUUCCUGACCGAGCCCGACACAGGCGUGGAGAAAGGAGGACUUAAGGGGUGGGGGGCAAAGAAUAAGAUUAAGAGGUCGGCGUUCCAUGAUGAGCCCCCCUCCCGCCCGCUGCGUUGUGAUCUGAAUAUCCAUGUGCUGCAGUCAAACGCUCCUGGCUCCAUGGCUCCGUGUCAUAAAUCGGCAGCUGUGGUGUGGCUCCGGUGCUUCGCUGCUAAUCGCUCAAACAAAGAGGGACGAUCUGACCCCUCACCUCCAUCACAGGCUCCCUCCGUCUACACACAAGUCCAUUCUUUCCCAUCAAUGCUGGAGUAUGAAGCUGCAGCCGGGGCCGGAGGGGCAGGAGCAUGA